AUGGCGACAAAAGCUCUUGUGAUCAUAAACUGCAUAAUUCUAGCCAUAGGAAACUGUGGAGGCCCUUUGAUCAUGCGUCUCUAUUUCAACAAUGGUGGCAAAAGGAUUUGGUUCUCUAGCUUUCUUGAAACUGCUGGUUUCCCAAUUAUCUUCAUUCCUCUGUUUUUCUCUUACCUUAACCGGUUAAGAAGAAACAACAAUGGUAGUGAAAACAUAAGCUUCUUUCUCAUUAAACCGCGUCUUCUUAUCGCUGCGGUUCUCGUAGGAAUCCUCUCGGGAUUCGAUAACUACUUGUAUGCAUAUGGAAUAGCUUAUCUUCCAGUUUCAACAGCUGCUCUUAUCAUUGCUUCACAGUUAGCUUUCAUAGCUAUCUUUUCAUAUUUCAUGGUUAACCACAAGUUUACUCCUUUUACCAUCAAUGCUGUUGUGUUGUUGACUGUUGGAGCUGCUGUGUUGGGAAUGCAUACAGAAACCGAUAAGCCGGUUCACGAGACUCACAAGCAAUACGUUAUUGGGUUCUUGAUGACUGUAGCAGCUGCUGUUAUGUAUGCUUUUAUCUUGCCUUUAGUCGAACUUGCUUACCAGAAAGCUAAACAACCCAUGAGCUAUACCCUCGUGCUCGAGGUCCAGUUGAUUUUGUGCUUCUUUGCUUCUCUUGUUAGCCUUAUCGGUAUGUACAUAGCCGGUGAUUUCAAGGCUCUACUAAUAGAAGCAAGAGAGUUCAAGCUUGGAGAGGCAAUGUUUUAUGUGGUGGUUGUGUUCUCAGCCAUAAUAUGGCAAGGCUUCUUUUUGGGAGCAAUUGGAUUAAUCUUCUGCGCAUCAUCUCUUGUAUCGGGUAUUAUGAUAUCGGUUCUUCUGCCCAUCACCGAGGUUUUAGCUGUUAUUUUCUACCAUGAAAAGUUUCAAGCAGAGAAGGGUCUUUCUCUUGCUCUCUCCCUGUGGGGUUUUGUCUCUUACUUUUACGGUGAGAUCAAAUCCGAAAAGGAUCAGAAGAGAAUACAGCAGGAGUCAGAACUGGCUUCCUUGUCCAGAACCAUAAGUGAGUGUUAG